AUGACGGUCUUCAACGACAUGCAAAAGGAGUAUCCAAACCGUGCCCUCAUUAUUCUGGGAGUUUCAAUUGGACUAACCACUGUACUCGACAUAACCGGAGUAUUCACAAACUGUUGGAUUAGCGAUGGCCAAAAUUGUACCGGUAUAGUCCCAUUUGAUUCGUCGGGACCUGUCUGGCUAGCGGCAACCAGUUGGAUGAUGUUCAUAUCGGUGGGAGUUGCGGUUGUCAUGAUUGCUUUGUAUUUUGUUAUAGUAAUUGAAGUCCUGAAACUCGGUUAUCACAUCACUAUUCGCAAACGGCUCAUCUUCAUUCGUCUCUUAGCUGUUCUCUAUUUAUUUUUAAUUGUUAUUUCUAUCCUAGUGUUCCUACCAAAUGUUGGAAGUUACAAAAAUAGUGAAAUGUGGAACCAGGCGGGAUGGUCGUGUUGGUUGACUAUCAUUUCGAUUGUCGGUAUCGGCCUAGUCGAACUCUUUGGACAACUUGUACAACGGCAGUGUAUUGCGACUUGA